AUGCUUAGAUGUAUUGCAGAGUAUCUUGAGAUGAUGGAGGAUCUUGCAGUUGGAAAUUUAGUUGGUAGAACGGAGGCACAUGUGAACGAAUUUAAAUUAAAAAGUCUUCCACGGACAGUGUCCAUUUUGCAUUCUUCUGAAAACCUUCUUCCUAUAGCUGAAGAAGUGAAAUUGGAGCAGACUACAACAUCCACUGCUACUAACAAAGAGGAGCUUCUUUCCAUUGCCAUGAAGAGGACCAGUGAAUGGACCUUUUCCAACGAAAUCCCACGUGAUGUAACUGUUAAUGCUGGAGGAACUUCCUUUUCUUUGCACAAGUUCCCAUCGAUCUCAAAAGGUGGAUACUUAAGGAAGUUGGUGUUGGAAUCCGAAGAUUCUGAUCUUUCUGUCAUUGAAAUCCCUGAUAUUUCUGGAGGGCCAGAGGCAUUUGAAUUUGCAGCAAAAAUUUUGCUAUGGAAUAAACUUCGAAAUAAAUUCAGAAAACAUUACCAUGCUUAG